CAAAACAAAACCACCUGACGGUGGUUUUGGUUGAUAGACAGUGGGGGAAAUUUUACGGAUUUCAUUUUUCCAAAUUUUUAAUGACCUUUUUUUUAUAUUUAUGUUGAUAAACCCAAAACCUUUUACAUAAUUAUAAGCAUAUCUUCGGAAACUGUAAAAAUAACUGGUGAUCUAUGGAUGUAAAAUUUUUAGAAAAUGCAACAUUAGUGAAUUUAAAGGAAACGCAAGGUGUCAUGAGAAAUCUGUAACCUAACCUAAAAGUCAAAGGUUAAAACAUAUACCUAAUACCUACAAAAUGGAAUUUCUGCCAGUAGACGUACGUGAAGGAAAGGACUUUAUCAAAACUAUAGAAUGGGACAUGAUGGAUAAAAAGAAGUUUUUUCCCUUGUCCAUGUUGAGUUCUUUUAGCAUUCGAUGUGCUCUAUAUCCUUUAACUCUGAUAAAAACCAGAUUGCAAAUUCAAAAACAUAGCGACAUGUACAGUGGUAUGUUUGAUGCCUACGGAAAAAUUUAUAAAUAUGAAGGAGUUUCUGGACUAUAUAAAGGAUUUUGGAUUUCAUCAGUGCAAAUAGUCAGUGGGGUUUUCUAUAUUUCCACAUAUGAAGGAGUAAGGCACUUGUUAAAAAAACAAAAUGUAGAUUCGCGAUUAAGGGCUCUGGUAGCUGGAGGUGCAGCAUCAUUAGUAGGACAAACUAUUAUUGUUCCAUUUGAUGUUUUAAGUCAGCAUCUUAUGAUGAUGGGAAUAGCUUCCACAGAAAGAGAUAAACUUGCAUUUAACCCAUUAGGCAUAAAUACAACCCAAGGUAGAAGCAAAUUAGCUGUAACUCUUGAAAUUACAAGAAGAAUCUUGAAAAUUGAUGGAGUUGUUGGCUUUUAUCGCGGUUACUGGGCUAGUUUAGCAGCUUAUGUUCCAAACUCUGCCCUUUGGUGGGGAUUUUAUCAUCUAUACCAAGAUGAAAUGUACAGAGUGGUGCCUGGUUGGGUGUCCCAUCUUUUAAUUCAGUGUGUAGCCGGCACUCUGGGAGGUUUUACUACCACCAUCAUAACCAACCCACUAGAUGUAGUCCGUGCAAGGUUGCAAGUUCAGAGACUAGAGUCAAUGAGCAAUACAUUUAGGGACUUGUGGCAUGAAGAAGGCCUAAAAAUGUUCACCAAAGGUCUAAGCGCACGAUUGGUACAGUCGGCCACGUUUAGCUUUAGCAUCAUUCUAGGUUAUGAAACAAUUAAACGGGUCUCAGUGAAUGACGAGUACAGACAGUAUGUUAGGUGGUGAUAUCAUUUUUUCCAGGCUGUACUAAGUUGCAUGAAAUUUUACGUAAUACAUUGAUGGGAAAAAAAUUUUGAUGACUCAUGGGAAUACUGAGUACUACUUCCAGUCACUUCAUUCAGUGUGCCAAAAUAUUUCUCUGAUAAUGGAUUGUUUGGUAAUAAAAAUUUAUAAUUUCAGAAUUUUUAUCGCAAUUUUAUUGCAGAAACUCAGGGGUAUAUAGUUUCGAAUUUUUAAUAAAUUUAAAUUGAAUUGGUUUUUGAAGGUUUGCAAUACAAUCAUCAAAAAAGUAUUGGACACCUACCACAUUUUCGUAGUCCGUCCAUUUUUUUUUUUUGUAUGUACGCAAAAAAAUCAGCUCGGAAUAAAGGAUAGAGUACAAUCAUCUACAAUAUUCGACAGCCUUACCUAAAAGAAAUUGAUGCCAAGAAACAGUAACACAUUGUAUGGUCAGUCAAAAUUUGUGGUCUUGAUUUUCUUUUAUCUUUUGACUUUUGAAUAAAAUAUAAAGACUGUGUAUAGUCUUCAUGUUGUAAAUCUCAGAGUACAUAUGUGUCUCAAAUUACUUUGAUCUUAUGAAAUCUCAUUGGUGUAUCAUUGUUGCUCAAUAAUAAACCAGCAACCAUUACUUUAUUCUUAGAAGAUUUCAGGUUUUGACAUUUUUUUGAAAAUUGUAUUUUUGCUUCAAUCGCUAACUAAUUUACAAUACAAGAUAAUGCAAGUUUAAGAUCACUCUAGAAAGGUGAUUUAUGUGCCACUCUGUCAGAAGUAACUGCAGCAAGGGUAUCUACGCAAUCUUUUCACCUGUUAGAAGUCUGUUGUCAACGUAGUAAUGUGCAAUUAAAAUAGUUAUAUUUAUGCAUAUUUUAUACGCAUUUUAAAGGAAUUUCUUAAAAAACAAUUCUGUCUGCACGUAGAUUAAUAGACAAUAUGUGCAAGGAAGAAUAAUGAAUUAAAGAAAAAUUUUGCAUCUUUUUACCUAACAAUGUUCAGUUUAUGUUAAUGUUUUCCUGGCUUUUGCCUUCUAUCUUGAGCACACGGUAAAUAGAAAUAUAUUUAACAUCAGCAUUACAAAAAAAAAAACAAAACUUCUCAACUAAAUUAAGAAAUUCAUUAAACUUGUUUUAAAAGUGCCACACACAUUUAAUGAAUUUCACAAUCAUCUGCCUGAAGCGAAUUCCGGACUGUAGUUACUUGACUUACUCUAGCCCACAAUUUCAACUUUGGUUAAUUGUCUGACUGGUUUAUAGAGGAAACUGCACAAAAUCUUGGAUUUAGCAGAAUUUGAGUCUGUAUUUCUUUGGUUAUCAAAUUUUUUCACUUUCAUGUUUACGUUU